AUGGCGACCCCCCAGGCACUCGUCUCAGAGUUCGUCGGCCAGGGGAUGAACAGGGCCACGCGCAGGUCGCUCGGUCGCGCGCUGGUGACUUCUGCUCGCGCCCUCGGCAAGAGGCACCAGGCGGCCGUCCGAUCGGAACUGAAGAAGAACAACCAGAGAGAUCCAGACUCGAGGCGCGAUGUGCUCAAGAAUGCGCUUCUCACUGCCGCCGCGUUCCUGCCAGCUGCCGCCGCUGCACAGGCUGACGACAGCGCAAACACUGCAUCCUCCCGGAUGUCCUACUCCCGCUUUCUGGAGUACCUUGACAUGGGCAGAGUUAAGAAGGUUGACCUGUACGAGAAUGGGACUAUUGCCCUGGUGGAGGCGGUGUCCCCAGAGCUGGGCAACCGCAUUCAGAGGGUGAGGGUGCAACUGCCAGGCCUCAGCCAGGAGCUCCUCACCAAGUUCCGUGAGAAGAAGGUCGACUUUGCUGCCCACACGGCCAACGAGGACGGUGGUGCUGUGGCCCUCAACCUCCUUGGUAACCUGGCUUUUCCUCUGUUGCUGGUUGGCGGACUCUUUCUGCUUUCGAGGAGGGGAGCUCAGGGAGGCAUGGGUGGGGGCCCUGGCAACCCCAUGAACUUUGGCAAGUCCAAGGCCAAGUUUGAAAUGGAACCCAACACUGGUGUGACGUUUGAUGACGUUGCUGGCGUUGAGGAGGCAAAGAAUGACUUCAUGGAGAUCGUGGAGUUCUUGAAGCGACCAGAUCGGUUCACCGCAGUGGGUGCCAAGAUCCCGAAGGGCGUCUUGCUGGUGGGGCCCCCGGGGACCGGAAAGACUCUUCUGGCGAAGGCCAUCGCUGGGGAGUCAGGCGUGCCCUUCUUCUCCAUCUCGGGAUCCGAGUUUGUGGAGAUGUUUGUGGGAGUCGGCGCAUCCCGCGUCCGAGACCUCUUCAAGAAGGCGAAAGAUAACGCCCCCUGCUUGGUUUUCGUGGACGAAAUCGACGCAGUGGGCCGAUCUCGUGGAACAGGAAUCGGGGGUGGCAAUGAUGAGCGUGAGCAGACGCUCAACCAGCUGUUGACUGAGAUGGAUGGCUUUGAGGGCAACACAGGUGUCAUCGUCAUAGCUGCCACCAACAGGUCCGACAUAUUGGACCCUGCGCUGCUGCGGCCGGGGCGAUUCGAUCGAACGGUGACUGUGGACGUGCCUGAUGUCCGUGGCCGCAAGGACAUCCUGGGAGUACAUGCCCGCAACAAGAAGCUCAGUGAUGAGGUCGACCUGGAGGAGAUCGCCCUGAGAACACCUGGCUUUUCUGGAGCUGACCUGGCCAACCUGCUCAACGAGGCGGCCAUCCUGACUGGUCGCCGUGGCCUGAAUGCCAUCACCAUGAAGGAGGUUGACGACUCAGUGGACAGGAUCGUUGCAGGAAUGGAGGGCGCCCCUCUGGUCGAUGGCAAGUCCAAGUCCCUGGUGGCCUACCACGAGGUUGGCCAUGCCAUUUGCGCUACCCUCAGCCCUGGCCACGAUGCUGUCCAGAAGGUGACCCUCAUCCCACGUGGACAGGCCCGGGGCCUCACGUGGUUCCUCCCCAAUGAGGACCCCAGCCUCAUCAGCAAGUCAGAGAUCUUUGCAAGAAUUGUUGCGGCACUGGGUGGUCGGGCAGCAGAGGAGGUCAUCUUUGGCCACGAUGAGGUCACGUCUGGGGCUGCCAGUGAUCUGCAGCAGGUCACUGGGAUGGCCAAGCAGAUGGUGAUCACCUACGGCAUGUCUGGGAUUGGCCCCUGGUCUCUGGUGGACCCCAGCGCCAUGUCUGGAGACGUGGUCAUGCGCAUGAUGGCGCGCAACUCGAUGUCCGAGGACCUCCAGAACCAGAUUGACGAGGCUGUGAGGGGAAUCGCUGAAGAAGCGUACUCAAGGGCGCUGCAGAUCGUCCGGGACAACCGCCUGGCCAUCGACGCAGUUGUCGAGGUGCUGGUGAAAAAGGAGACGCUCACUGGCCAGGAGUUCAGGGAUAUCCUGGCGCAAUACGUGGAGAUCCCGCCAGAGAACCUCCCCAAGGAGGCCUCUCUCCUGGCAGCAUAG